CGGACACGGACACGGAUACGGACACGGACGGCCACUCGGCGGAUUUGUAAACAUUUCGCAGCUUCUUUGCGCUCUUCUUUCGGGUUUCGCUUUAUUUUUUCCCGAUCCGACGGCACUAACCGUUCGGUCACCGCGACGCACAGUCGGUCGAGAGUGGAAACGCGUCCGCUGCCUGGAGUCGCCACCCGAAUGAGUGUUGAAUUAAAUUUAUUACAUAUAGAACAAUAUUGCUAAUGCAAAUAGUAAAAUGCCCACAGUUCGCGUGUUCUUGCAAUGGACCUCGGUUGUCUUCAGUACAAUCACGUUGAUCGUUGGCAUCCUGGCGGCCCUGGCCGGCGUCUAUGAGCUGGACAAAUUCAACGAGGGCUCCGCGGAGCACCUGGAGAAGUUCGUGCAACUGGGCAUGGCGGGUGCUCUGAUCUUCGCCGGACUGGUCGGUUGCCUGGGAGCCAUCCUCGGUUCCAUCAAGGUGAUGGUGGUGAACCUGAUUGUGCUUCUGAUCCUGAUAGCCGCGCACAUCUGGAAAGUGUCCCACUACAACGAGACCAAGCAGCAGGACGCCACUGAGGUGUACGUGAUGGAUCUCUGGAUGAAGGAGCUGGUCCACCACGGCGCCAUGCAUCACCUGCAGCAGGAGUACGAGUGCUGCGGCGACAAGGGCUUCUCCGAUUACACGAGCCUUAACCUAAAGGUGCCGCAUAGCUGUUUCCACACAAAGGACGGGAUCCGCGCCCUGUAUCCUUAUGCGGUGGGCUGCAUGGCUGCCGUGAAGCAAGCCUACGCGAAGAUCUACUGGUACGAGAAUUGGAUCCACUGCGGACUCAUUGGCUACGAGGUCGUGGGCAUCAUCUUAGGCAUUACCUUGUGCUGCCAAUUGACCAAUAAAACUCGUCGUUACACCUACUGAUAACCAAUGACAUUUAUAUAAAAGCCUAUAACUU